CGUAUGUGGAUUUUGUUUUACAAAGUUAAAUAAGCUGUCCAAAAUUGAUUAAGACUUGGUAAACAAAAUUGAAACAUUAAAAAUCGAAAAACACAAAUUAAUUUCCGAACUUCGACAAAAAUACUUGUCAAGUCUGCCACAAACACAAACACCAAAAGGAUCAAAACGUCCCAAGCCAUUGCAACACACCCCAACACCAAGAAAAUCAAAAAAAGCUCUGUGGACACCUAGACCUACAACUUCAAGUGUUACUGCAGCGGACGAAAUGACUGUUGCGGACAUUUUCCCUCUACCUGUAAAGUCAGCUACAGCAGAUCGUGGGGUUAAAGUUAAACUAUUUACACCAUCAAAGAUCAAGGUGUUAUACAGGAUCAAAGACAAAGUAAGAUCAAAAGUUGUGAGGGAAAAGGAAUCCAUCAGAAUGGUAAAAAGUAUAAUGCAUGGUAAACCAGGAGCAGCAAAAGCUGUGUAUUCAGCACUGCAAGAACCAAUUAGAAAAUGUGUGUUACGCGACAUAAAGGAUGAAAUUAAAAAAUUAACAUCCACAUUAAAUAUGUCGUUGUUUCGGAGAAUAGACCACAAAAGCCUAACAUCAUUCUCUUUUACAGACAUCAACACAGAACUAAAGAUAUGGGCGCCAUUUUUCCAUGACCUGAUUUCAUCCCUUGUGAAGAGCUCAUCUGUUGGGGUAGUGGCAGCCAUAAUUCUAAAGUUUCAGAAUUCACACAUGACAGCAUUCCAACAUGUAAUUGGACAGAUCUUGGACCACUGUGGUGCCACUGAUGAGUGUAUUGCAGUGCUCAACAGAUUGGGUGUAUGUGUGUCCACAUCAGCAGUGUCCAAAAUGAAAAAAGAGCUACAGGAACACCAAAGAAAACAUAUUGAAGAUUUGUUGAUUAAGGAGAAAAAUGCCUUAGAAAGCAAAAAUAUGGAACCUGCAUCUCAGACUGACAGAGGAGAGAAACCACAAGAUGAGACGAUGAAAAGGAACAAGUCAUGCGAUAUUAUAGGUGAUAAUGUUGACAUUAGUAGGAGUCCAUCAAAAAUGACAAAAGAUAAACGCCGACAAAGUUGGCACUGGUUUUUACUGGUUGGGGUUGAAAAAAGAGUUUUGAAUCCUGAUCUUGCAGACAUUGCUCCUACAGCUGACAUCAGCCUGUUAGAAAAUUCCAAGUUUAUUCCAAGUCUGGAAGAAUGUCAUUCAUUGGAGGAGAGAUUUAUAUUUCAUAUUAUGAGAGUUCUAGUUAAGUAUGUUAAUUGUCUAAAGAAAUAUGAAUGUUGUGUGCCAAAGUAUCUUCAACAUCCAUUCCUAAAGGAAACAUCCCAAAAAUCUGAUUUUGCUAUAUUAGAUUUGUUAGACAAAAGCGAGAACAAAACAGAGGACAUGAUAAGUAUUUUGGAGAAUAUUCAUGACAGGUAUAUUCCACAUGAUGCUGAAAAUUCUGUAAUAAAAAAGAAAGUGUUUGGUGGUGAUGUGCUCACAAACGAGCGAGCAUACUGGGCUCAGUUAGCAAUGCUGAACAGUCAAAGUGAUUUCGAGAAACUUGCAGGAGUAGUACAUAGGCCUGAAGGACUUCAUAGGAUGAUGAAUCUUCUUUUGUUAAUCUACCAGGUCUUUUACAAAAAGUCAUCAGCUGCUGAUCAAGGAACUCUGGCAAACUUGAGGAAUGUCAUCAACCGUAUUGAUGUUCAGGGUGCAGAAAAUGUGAUUGACAAGUACAGAGCUCAUUAUUCAUUCAUGGAUGAUGUCCUGGACUCUUACAUUGUGGCAGCCUGUAUGCACCUUUUGGGUCAAAGUGAGAUGGAUUCUGAGCCCAACAGGAAACAACCACUAUUUGCUGGUGUGGAUAACCAUUCAAAAUACAAGUUUCUUCAUCAGAUAUCGAAAGAUAUUUUGUACAAAUACAUCAAAGUAGAAAACAAUCUGGAAAUGGUUAAGGCACAAACUUUAGAACUGGAAGCCCAAAAUGACGCUAUAAAAGAACUGUUUGUUGCUGCGGAGCAGAGGUACCAGUGUAGAGAAUGCAGCAAAAACUUCAAAAAAGUUGGGUUUUUGAAACGACAUCUAAUUAGAGAACAUGAGUGGACAUUUGGAGUUGACAGACAGAAUGCUGAUUCACCAGAUCAUAUUGCUCUUUACAGAGCUUCGUUUAUGAAAUGUGCAUUGCUGUUACGAGAUAUCGAGGACUCCUAUAAAAUGGCUGAUGGCGACAGAAUUGCAGAAACUGCUAAAUUUCAACUAUUGCUAUCUAAUGUUGGAAAGCACACAAAAUAUCAGCUCUGGUUGUUCAGGUUCUUGGCUUACAUUUAUGGAAUUCUUUCACCAAAAAUGUCAUUUGAAUACAAAUGGAAUUGCACAUCAAACUUGCAUGGAGGUAUAGGACAUAACAUACCAAAUGACAAUCUUGUAGAAGUUCAGGUUCAAGCAAUUAAGAAAAAAGUGCAGUCACAGGGGUCUAAUGCAACAUAUGAAAGUGCACGGAAAGCUGCACUUACUGUGCAAGUGCAAAAUGCUAUAAAGCAAAAUCUAGCAAGUCAAAGUCAUGCAAAAGUGUCUGGAACAAAAAGACCCGCAGUUUCAAAAGCUGGGGAUAUCAGUCUUAUGGUUGAAAAAAUUGUUAAAGCAGGCAUUAUGGAGAAAAUCCCAGGUCGUGAAUUCAAUUCAUUCUGUGGCUUUAAGGAUGUGUAUGCAAGGGUAAAAGUUCAAGAGUUUUAUACUUGGUUAACUCAAGCAAAAGAACGUCUUUUAAUUGGAUAGAUUUAAAACUGUUCAUGUUUGUUCAUCUCAGUAUGGUGGCAUUGCUAUAACUGUACUAUUUUUUGACUUGAUGAAAGUCUUGCUGUAA